GUUGAAUUUUGUUGUUCAAAUUUGUAUUUCGCGUGCCCCCGCUCGAAUUGGUGGGCUGCGGAUGACUUCUGUCGGCUCAUUGUAACAUCAGAAUGAGCUGAGUUCAUCGACUAUCAGUUCCCAUACUUUUCACUGAUUCUGCUUUUCAUAUUGGCUACAUACCUGCUGGAAUUUUGUAAUGCGCCGACAACUGGAUGGUUUUGAUAGCCCUUGCAUUUCAGAACGGGAGUAUGUAAAGCUUCAGUACGGUCGUAAAAUCGCUCAAGAUACAUGUCUCCUAGCCUCUAUGAAAACUCCGGACUGGUCACAAGGAUCUCCUGCGUUUAUUGGCAAACACAAUAUAGUUCCGUGCACUGUGACUACCAAUUCUGGCAAUUCAACUCUUAAAAUGUACCCCUAUUCUGUGUAUUCAUGUGCUUGCCAGUCAAAUCCCAGUCGAUGUCACAAAUAUCGGCCGAAUUACUUGAGGCAUCGCUGUCCAUCAGGUCCAACAGUUGCCAUGCUUCUUCCAACAGCGGCACACGAAUCCACAUCCCUUUCACGCACUACCAUUCAUUCCUCAUUGUUUGAAAACUGUCGUCGUGGAGUAACUAAUCAAUCUAUUCCAUUAAAUCAAUUAAUAAUUUCACAUUCUCCAGGAUCAAAGAUGACGUCAAACUUAUCACAUCUGAAUAUAUGUCCUAAACCGUUCCCUCACAUUUCAAAUCCUUUUGUUGAAUCUCACGAUUUUUCCAGUAAUGAAUUUAAUUCUUCUCACGCAUCUCAUUCACGUUUCGCCUGUAGCCAAAAUUAUUUUUAGUAGUGGCGUAUUUCUAACAACAUAUUGCAUUUCUGGAAAACGUUGUCCAGUCAGUUUAUAAUCUUGCUUUCUACUUAUCUUGUCCUUCGCAUUUAACUAUUGGUACGUUAUUACUGAUUCUUCGUUCUUCACAAUAUACAUUUCAGUGAUUUACUGCCUAGUUAUGCAAUGUCUUUAUUACAUUUCAGUAAUUUACUAUCUAGUUAUGCAAUGUCUUCACUUUUUUAGUAAUAUUAAUUAUUUGAAACUCUAAAAUUUAGGGUUUUUAUUGUUCAAAUGUACUUUUAUUUUCGUUCAUUCCACAUUGAUUUUGGGACUGCUUUUUUCUGUUGUCAGCGACCAACUUUUUAUAUCCACUGGCACAUUUGUCACAUCAUGCAUAGUCCAAAUAAUUCUCAUUAAUUAGGUAUUGAAAAUAAUUUUGUUUUAUGUAUUUUUAUACAUGCGCUUUCUAUAAUAAUGCUCUUUGUUUAUAUUUAUUUAUGUACGUUGUGUGUGUUGUGUGCUUACUGUCCCUUUUAUGAAUCUUCCUAUGCUGCUUAAUUAUUAUCGCUUUUAAAGUUAUCUAUUCACUUUUUGUCUCAGUGAUGACAUUUCAUCCUAAUCAAUAAACCGAUUACUACAACA